AUGUUCAUGGGGCUGCUAUCAGGUGUAUCAUUAGAAGAGGGCCAAGAAAAGAGCGGAGGGAUGAUCAAGUACUUACCUUUCACACUUCGUAUCCAUGUUCUUGGCACCGACCCUUUCGGCAAUAUCCAAUGGAACUACACCAUUGCGCUGACUCAGCGCUGGCCGUACUACGACAGGAAAAAAAAAUCCGAAUUGUCAGGAAGGGGCCAGACAUGGGGGACGAAGCGUGUACGAAGGGUCAUCAGGCGAAAUCGCAUGGCAGUUCAUCCACGCUACAAUAGAAGCACUGAAGCAGGUAUCGGCCCUAGCGAAAUCACUCCAGGGCAGCACAACGACCGUCAGACAAAGUUUAGCAGAUGCAGAGAAGACGGAGUCCAAGUUGAGGAAGGAGCUGAGAGACUGGAGAAAAUGCUGGUGCCAACAAUGAUGCAUCUGAUGGUCGAUGAGCAGCGCGGUAGCACGCAGACACAGAGUAAUAGAAUUAGAGAGAACUGUAGUCGAGAUAGACAUGGAGUAGGGAGGGGUAGAGAGCGCUGCAAUCUCAGCCGAUGGUCAUGGCGGGGAGCGGUAAAAAUAGAACUAGUCAAUGGAAUUAGUGCCGUGAAUCUUCAGGACCUUCAGGAGUCACGAGAGGGUAAUGAAGUAAGCGCUGCAGCUAUUGCUGUCCAUCGUUGGAAGCUCUACAAAGAUGACGACAAGUUAUAGUGAAAACACGUCAAGG